AUGACGGAGCCACUUAAUGCCAAUCCUACUGUUCUAGACUUUAGCGAACUCCCGAAGAGGGAUAAUGACUCCAGAGGUUUGAAUGACAAGAAUCUUGAAAGCCGUGAAGAAACACUUAUUUACAACAGGCUCAAGUCUCUAUCUUUACUCAAGGCGGACAGUUAUGAUGACGAGAAUGAUUUGGAAGAUUUCAAUAUUGAAGAUUUGAGACUUCCUGAUUUAACGGACGAUUCUGACAGCCAAAAGUCUGCGAAGGCGUUAGUUAAAUGCGAGCCAACUACUACUGAGAAUAAGGGUAAAUUGGAACCUAUUGAUUCCCAGGAGAUAUAUGAUUUGGUAUCUUCUAUAUCUGAUCCUGAACAUCCGCUAACGUUGGGCCAACUUGCAGUUGUGAAUUUGGACGAUAUUAAGGUUACAAAUCCGACAGCAAGAGAUCAAAUCGGUGAGGUUUUAGUACAUAUUACGCCGACUAUCACACACUGCUCUUUAGCAACGCUAAUUGGCCUAGGAAUAAGAGUGAGGCUAGAGAGGUGUCUCCCAAAGAGGUUCAGAAUAGUGAUUUUGUUAAAGCAAGGUACUCAUCAAAGUGAAAAUCAGGUCAACAAACAGUUAAAUGAUAAGGAAAGAGUUAGCGCAGCCUGCGAGAAUCCGCAGCUGCUCAGAGUGAUAAGUCACAUGUUAAGUACUUGCAAGUAG